CCCGCCGGAGGUUGCGGAGCCGGUGGCGCAGCCCGUCGCUGCGGCGGCGGUGGCCGCGCCCGUGCCUGCGCGCCCGCCCACGGCGUGCAGCGGGGCGCUGCUGGAGGAGAGCCUCGCGGUCGUCGAGGCCGGCACCCCGGCGGCGCCGGGCGCCGGCGGCGCUGGCCCGCAGCUCCGAGCACCGGAGGCCUCGCCUGAGCAGGCGGCGUUGGGGCCGCUGCCGGCCAUUCCGCCGCCACCGCCAGAGGACGCGGGCGAGCUCUCUCCGAGAAGUACGAGGACACCAGACGACUGCUGGCACGGGCGCAGCAGCAGGUCGGGCGCGCCGCCCUGGCCGGCCGCGCCGGAGGCGGCGGCGUCGCCGCCGGCACGGCGGGGCCGCCGUGAGCCGUGGGGACAUCGGUCGGCGGCCUCGCUUUCGGCCUCGGCCCUCGGAGGAGGUCGGGCGGGGCUACACCGCCCUGGAGAA